AUGUCCUUCAUUAAAAACUUGCUAUUUGGGGGUGUUAAAACAAGUGAGGAUCCAACUGGUCUCACCGGAUCCGGAGGCUCGAAUACGAACGACUCCAACAAACCUAGCGAACCAGUGGUAGCUGGUAAUUUUUUUCCCAGAACACUUUCAAAAUUCAAUGGGCAUGAUGAUGAGAAAAUAUUCAUUGCUAUUAGGGGCAAAGUCUACGACUGUACAAGGGGAAGGCAGUUUUACGGUCCCAGUGGGCCAUACACUAACUUUGCAGGCCAUGAUGCUUCGCGUGGUCUGGCUUUAAACUCUUUCGAUCUGGACGUUAUCAAGGAUUGGGACCAGCCUAUCGAUUCCUUAAAUGAUCUGACCAGAGAACAGAUCGAUGCGCUGGAUGAGUGGCAAGAGCAUUUUGAAAACAAGUAUCCUUGCAUUGGUACUUUGAUUCCAGAGCCGGGCGUGAACGUAUGA